GCCACGCUGAUUCGUCGGCCAGGCACCAGCGGCCAGGAGGGUUCGGGUUUGAUAGUUGUGGCCUGCAUCCCGCUACACUUAUUCUCAUCGACCUUCGCCUCAUCCUCUCCUCCAUCCACCACCCGUCCUCUCUUCUACACAUCUCCAAUGGCCUCUAUCGCCGCUGCCAAGCGCCUCCUGGUGAAGCGCUCCUUCUCUUCUUCUCCCAUUGCCCCGGCUGCCAAGUCUGUCAACAGCGGCGCCUCGCGCAUGAUGCUCAGAAAGAACCCCAUCCCCAUCGUCGGCCAGCGUGCUGCUAUGCGCAUGGUCGACCUCGGUGCGCGUUCUGCGUCUACGAGUGGCGGGACCACUCCGUUGACCGUUCGUGAUGCCUUGAACCAGGCUAUGGCCGAGGAGAUGGAACGCGACGAGACAGUCUUCCUCAUGGGUGAGGAAGUCGCUCAGUACAACGGUGCUUACAAGAUCUCCCGUGGUCUGCUGGACAAGUUUGGUGACAAGCGGGUGGUUGACACUCCUAUCACCGAGGCCGGUUUCACCGGUCUCUGCGUUGGUGCUGCCCUUGCCGGUCUCAAGCCCAUCUGUGAGUUUAUGACUUUCAACUUUGCGAUGCAGGCCAUCGACCAGAUCAUCAACUCCGGAGCCAAGACCUUCUACAUGUCCGGUGGUACCCAGCCUUGCAACGUCACCUUCCGUGGACCUAACGGUGCUGCUGCUGGUGUCGCUGCUCAGCACUCACAGGACUACAGCGCAUGGUACGGUUCCAUCCCUGGUCUUAAGGUUGUUUCUCCCUACUCUGCCGAGGACGCCAAGGGUCUUUUGAAGGCCUCUAUCCGGGAUCCUAACGUCACCAUCUUCCUCGAGAACGAGAUCAUGUACGGUGAGUCGUUCGAUGUCUCCGAGGAGGUCCUCUCGCCCGACUUUGUCAUUCCCAUCGGAAAGGCCAAGAUCGAGCGUGCCGGUACCGACGUCACCUUGGUCUCGCACUCCCGCAACGUCGAGUUCUGUCUCCAGGCUGCUGAGUCACUCGCCAAGGAGAACAUCUCGGCCGAGGUCAUCAACCUCCGCUCGAUCAAGCCCAUGGAUGUCCCCGCCAUUGUCAAGAGUGUAAAGAAGACCAACAGACUUGUCUCGGUCGACUCUGGAUAUCCCGCCUUCGGUUUCGGAUCCGAGAUCUGCGCUCAGAUCAUGGAGACUGAGGCUUUCGACUACCUCGACGCCCCCGUUGAGCGGGUUACUGGCGCUGAGGUUCCUACUCCUUACGCCGCCGAGCUCGAGACCUUCGCUUUCCCCGUUCCUGAGGUUAUCAUCAAGGCUGCCAAGAAGACCUUGUACUUGCCUUACUAAAUGGACAGAAUUUCGGCCUGCAUCGCGUUUCGUUACAACGGACGUGAAAUAGUGUCAGAUUGACUGUUGCGUUUUUUCGAUUAACCAGCGCUAGCUUAAUCUUGUCGCUAGUAGCGUUAUGAAAGAAAGAAAAUUAUAGAAUCUGGCUGUAUGGGCGAGAUGCAGAGAUAUGUAGCAUAAUAUAAGAUCCUAUUAUUUAAUUCACUAUUUUACAA